UGAAGCAGCGGGUGGGCGGGGUUGACGUGACGUCGCCACGAAAGCUUUCCCCGUUUGUUUGCUAACAAGCGGCCUCCCGCGACUCGCCUCCAUUAUGUUGUCUUUUCAUCACUUUUCGGCGAUGUAGCCGCUUCGUCUCCGAGUCGCUCUUGGGUCUGUCGGGGCUUCUCGCCGGCCGUAUGGUGCCGCGGGUGUGCGUCGCGACGCCGCCCCGGGGCCCGUCGUAGUAGUAUGCGGCUCGCUCCGCCAUAGUCAUGUUUAUUUCCUGAAGAUGGCGGCCGAGGGGACACUGUGAACUAGAUGACUGUCAGAAACAUCGCCUCCAUUUGUAAUAUGGGCACCAAUGCCUCCGCUCUGGAGAAAGACAUCGGCCCGGAGCAGUUCCCCAUCAAUGAGCACUACUUUGGUCUGGUCAACUUCGGCAACACGUGCUACUGCAACUCGGUGCUGCAGGCGCUCUACUUCUGCCGGCCGUUCCGCGAGAACGUGCUGGCCUACAAGGCCCAGCAGAAGAAGAAGGAGAACCUGCUCACGUGCCUGGCGGACCUCUUCCACUCCAUCGCCACGCAGAAGAAGAAGGUGGGCGUCAUCCCGCCCAAGAAGUUCAUCUCGCGCCUGCGCAAGGAGAACGACCUGUUCGACAACUACAUGCAGCAGGACGCCCACGAGUUCCUCAACUACCUGCUGAACACGGUGGCCGACAUCCUGCAGGAGGAGAAGAAGCAGGAGAAGCAGAACGGACGCCCGAAGAACAACGGCCCCCCCGCCGCCGCCGAGGCCGAGACCGCCACGGCGAAGGCGGCCGAGAACAAGACGGAGCCCACGUGGGUGCACGACAUCUUCCAAGGCACCCUGACCAACGAGACGCGCUGCCUCAACUGCGAGACGGUGAGCAGCAAAGAUGAGGAUUUUCUCGACCUUUCCGUGGAUGUGGAGCAGAACACGUCGAUAACGCACUGCCUCAGGGACUUCAGCAACACGGAGACGCUGUGCAGCGAGUACAAGUACUACUGCGAGAUGUGCUGCAGCAAGCAGGAGGCGCAGAAGCGCAUGUGCGUGAAGAAGUUGCCCAUGAUCCUGGCGCUGCACCUGAAGAGGUUCAAGUACAUGGAGCAGCUGCACCGCUACACCAAGCUGUCGUACCGCGUGGUUUUCCCCCUGGAGCUGCGCCUCUUCAACACGUCCGGCGACGCCGUCAACCUGGAUCGCAUGUACGACCUGGUGGCCGUGGUGGUCCACUGCGGAAGCGGUCCAAACCGGGGUCAUUACAUCACCAUCGUGAAGAGCCACGGGUUCUGGCUGCUGUUCGACGAUGACAUCGUGGAGAAAAUCGACGCACACGCCAUUGAGGAGUUUUACGGUCUUACCUCAGACAUCUCUAAGAAUUCUGAGUCGGGUUACAUCCUCUUCUACCAGUCCAGAGAGUGACCUCACUGUCCUUUUCUUCUUCUUCUUCUUCUUCUUCUUCUUCUUCCACGUGACCCCCCCACCUGCAUCUGACGGCACUUUACGCAAAGCAAGAUAAUCUACGUUAGCCCUCCUCUUUGACUGGCAGGAAGUUGUAGAAAUGGACCUUUUGUCAUUCCUCUCGAUUCCUAUGCAUUUAUUUUUUUUUUUGGGGGGGUGUUAAAGUAAUAUUUUCAUAUUUUGAUUUCGGCCAACUACAAGAUCAGCCGACACUACACAUUUACUACUCAUUCUGUAGCUGGAGCGUAUUUAUUGAACUUAUUUAUUUUUGUAAUUUGUAGCACUAACUGCCGGACUUUCGUGUUUUUAUUCUUCAGCGUUUAGCGAUGGUUAGCGCAAAUAUUAGUUUUCAAAUAUUGUCUUCCUUAGUUUUCUUUAUUCAAUUUUCCAUGUUUUUUUUUUUUUCAUUUUUUUGCUCAUUUUAAUACUUAUUUUGGCUAAUCUACGAGUAUCAAAUAUCAAAAUUUGCGGGAGCUUAAGAUAUUCCAAUCCAAUAUUUCCAACGUUACGGUUAUUUGCAAUAUUGGAAUUGUUUUUCUAUGCUAGAAUUCAGUGGCCUUCCCGGGUUUGGGGAUCUAAAUAUUUAUUUUUUUUAGUGUUGUGGAUUGGUCAGUACCAGACACCCCUCCCCCCCAUUUGCUUGUGGUAUUGAUCAGAUAUCACCAAGUAGAAUGAUCAAUUAGUCUGUAGCGCUUGAAACCAAACACCUUUGUCUGAUUAAUGGAUUCAGGUCUUGGUUCGUAUCAAAUCCAUGUUUCUGUAUAGUUCAUAUUUUUUAUUUGGGGGUGGGGGGGGCAUUGGUCAAUUGCCAACUCUUAAUGUAUUGGUCAAUAUCACACCCUGAAACAGCUACACAGUUUAACGCUAGCGCCGGGCUAACAGAGCCGGACCGGUAAAAGUCACUUCCUCGGCACAUAUAUUCCACCAGUCUCACGCUUACCUUUUCCGCUCGAGUGCCCCCUUGCGGCCGUUAGGAAAAAAUGCACAAAUUAGCCGCAUCACCGCAUAAAUUGCAGGGUUGAAAGCGUGUGAAAAAAAUCACGGCUUAUAGGCCGGAAAUUACGGUAAUUGGCAGGUAAUCAGUUUAUGAAAAAUGGAAAAUUCCGGUUGUAUUGAUCGGAACAAGAUCCUGCUUUAUAUGACUAGUGGUACCAAUAGGAAACCCAGGUGGCAGUACCGGACAAUACCAGGUCUUGGUAUGCUUGUUGCGUGAUGUUCCUUAUAGUGGAAAAACUUCAGAAAAAAGCCCAAAAUUGUGCAAUAAAGAAGCGAGGGUGGUGCGUUCAGUGACCCAUCUUAAAAUUGUUUUAUGGGCAUUUUUAUGUCACGUUUGUUGCAUUUUUAUUGGAUUUAAUUGUACAAUACUUCCUUGUUCCUGCUUUAUUGACGUAAAUGGCGUUUGUGGUAAAUACUCGUUAAUUCAGUAUAUCUGCCGCGUUUGAAUAAUUAGCAUUUCAUACAGGUGUCGUUACCCCCCCCCCCUCUGUGCCAAACCGAUGCACACCUCGUCUUGAAAAAUGUCUUUAUUUUCUUUAUAAACACGUGUACAUAAUGGUAUAGUAUGUAGAAAACAGUGACAUUAUUUUUUUAAAAGGUGGGUGCGAGUACGUUAAAGAGUUUUGCUUCGUUUUUCCCGCCCGGGAACAAAAAUGUCUUGUCGCGCGAUUGGUCGAGAAUGAGUUUCCAGUCAUGAUAUCCGCUCUUUGACUGUGACUAUGGGUUGGGCAAGCGCCACCUGUUGGGGGAGAUGAGGGAAGUUUCUGAUUGGCUUUCGGCUAAAAGUGCACUGUAACGUGCGCUUGUUCUCAAUUAAAGUGACCAUCAGUGACAUCAAUGUUGUCUAUGUUUUAUCUUGCAGUUAUGACAUCAUCGUUCUCGUUUACUUGUGUAGUCAGUUCAGUACUCCUUGAUCGCAAGUUAGAGUUUUAAAGAGACAUUUAGGGUGUCCAAUUAGGGGUAGUGUUUUAGAUUGGGGUUUCAAAACAGGGUUAGGAUUACAAAGUAGGUUUUCAAAUUGCAAUUAAAUUUGAAAUUAGGGUUUCAAAACAGGGUUAGAGUCCCAAUUGAGGUUUUCAAGAUAAGGUGAGGGUUUCAAUUUAAGAUUUUUACACAGGUCUCUAGGGAAGGGGUGUCAAACACAUUUUUGUCGCGGGCCACAUUGUAUUUGGGGUUUUCCGUUACGGCUGCGAAACGAUAAAAAAAAUCUUUUCCCGCCUCAUCGUAUUUACACGUGAAAUUUAUGAACUAGUUUUGGAAUUAAAAAAUCAAGGAAAAUGGGUUUUUCCUACUAUUGUUGUUUGGUAAUGCAAAAAAAUGCUUGUAAUAGCUCAACGUUAUCAUUUAUGAUAUGACAAUUUGAAAAUUUGGUACAGAUUUGGGAAAAAAAAAUCAUGGAAGUUGAUACACAUUAUUUGCCUCCGCGGGCAACGUAAAAUCAUGCGGCGGGUUAGAUCUCGCCCCCGAGCCUUGAGUUUGACACCUGUGCUCUAGGGUUUUAAAGUAAGGCUUCAAAAGCGGGUCACGGUCUUCAUUGACCAUUUAUAACAAGGUCAGGGUUUCAAAUGAGUUUUUGAAAACAGGGUUGGGGUGUCAAAUUCGGGUUUUAAGA